CAGAGGCAGCCUCCUCUUUCCUGACUGUCACAUCUAUCUUCCAGCUCUGACAGAGUCGGCUCCUCUGGGGAGACCCUCCCCCCACACCCUCCACCUGCUACAGCUCACCAGCCCUUCCAUCCUUACCGCUGGCUGAAGGGCGUCGGGACCCUCUCCCCACCCCAGGCUCCCAUGCCGAGGUCCGCCUUGUCAGUCAUUUCCUUUUGUCACUGGCUUGGCAAACAGGAGAGAAAACGGAGCUUCAUGGGAAACAGCAGCAACAGUUGGUCCCACAUGCCAUUCCCCAAGUUGGAGUUGGGCCUGGGGUCCAGGCCCGCAGCACCCCGGGAGCUUCCCACCUGCUCCAUCUGUCUGGAGAAACUGCGCGAGCCGGUCUCGCUGGACUGCGGCCACGACUUCUGCACUCGGUGUUUCAGCACGCACCGUGUCCCUGGCUGCCAGCCGCCCUGCUGCCCAGAGUGCCGGAAGAUAUGCAAGCAGAAGAAGGGCCUCCGGAGUCUGGGGGAGAAGAUGAAGCUGCUGCCACAGAGGCCACCACCACCUGUGCUGCAGGAGACCUGUGCCGUGAGGGCGGAACCACUACUGCUCGUGCGAAUCAAUGCCUCCGGAGGCCUCAUCCUGAGGAUGGGGGCCAUCAACCGCUGCCUGAAACACCCCCUGGCCAGGGACACCCCCGUCUGCCUCCUUGCUGUCCUGGGGGAGCAGCACUCAGGGAAGGACUUCCUCCUCAAGCACUUGCUCCAGGGGCUGCCAGGCCCGGCGUCCUGCGAGAGUGGCUGGCCAAGAGGAGGGGGCUCCCUGCAGGGGUUCAGAUGGGGUGCCAAUAGCCUCACCAGGGGCAUAUGGAUGUGGAGCCACCCCUUUCUGCUGGGGAAAGAUGGAAAGAAGGUGGCUGUGUUUCUGGUGGACACGGGGGACGCCAUGAGCCCUGAACUGAGCAGGGAAACAAGGACCAAGCUCUGUGCUCUCACCACGAUGCUGAGCUCCUACCAGAUCCUCAACACCUCCCAGGAACUGAAGGAUACAGACCUGGAAUAUCUGGAGAUGUUUCUCCAUGUGGCUGAGGUGAUGGGCAGGCAUUAUGGGAUAGUGCCAAUCCAGCACCUGGAUCUCUUAGUUCGUGAUUCAUCGCAUUUCAACAAGGCAGGGCAGGGGCACGUGAGUGAUGUCAUCCAGAAAUCCAGCAAAUACCCCAGGGUUCGGGAGCUGCUCCAAAGGAGGCGCGCCCGCUGUUACCUCCUGCCUGCUCCAAGGAGGCGGUGGGCCAGCAAAGACCGCGGAAGCCCCGGCAACACAGAUGACGAUUUCCACCACCUCCGAGCCUACGUCGCAGAUGUGCUGAGUGCUGUCCCCCAGCAUGCCAAGAGCCGCUGCCAGGGGUACUGCAGUGAGGGGCGCCCCCUGGCCAGGGGAGACAGACGCUUGCUCACAGGGCAGCAGUUAGCUCAGGAAAUCAAGAACCUCUCAGGCUGGAUGGGGAGGACAGGGCCCGGGUUUGCGUCUCCUGACGAGAUGGCCGCCCAGCUGCACGACCUGAGGCUGGUGGAGGCUGCCAAGAAGGAGUUUGAGGAGUUUGUGCGGCAGCAGGUGAGCCCUGGGCCUGCGUGGGGGCCACGUGCCCGGCCAGUAGGGCCCACACCUGGGGAGGGCCCCGGGUCUCCGGGUCAGGGAGCCUUCUUUCUCCUCCUGGCACAGGACACGGCCACCAAGCGCAUAUUCUCUGCACUCCGGGUCCUGCCUGACACCAUGAGGAACCUCCUCUCUGCCCAGAAAGAUGCCAUCCUGGCUCACCACGGAGCCGCCUUGCUGUGCCAGGGGAGAGAGCAGGUCCUGGAGGCCCUGGAGGCUGAGCUGCAGGCUGGGGCCAAGGCCUUCAUGGACGCCUACACCAUGCGCUUCUGUGGCCACCUGGCUGCCGUUGGGGGUGCCGUGGGGGCCGGGCUCAUGGGCCUGGCCGGAGGUGUGGUGGGUGCGGGCAUGGCCGCGGCGGCGCUGGCUGCGGAGGCUGGGAUGGUGGCAGCUGGAGCCGCGGUGGGGGCCACAGGGGCCGCUGUGGUCGGGGGUGGUGUGGGUGCUGGGUUGGCGGCCACCGUGGGCUGCAUGGAGAAGGAGGAGGAUGACAGGGUGCAGAGAGGGGAUCGAGAGCCCCUGCUCCAGGAAGAGUAACACCCCCCAGGAGACAGUGGAGGGAGGGAGAGAAGUGGAGGAGGGUGCGGUGUUCCGAGGACCCCCUGUCCCACUGCCCUGGUUGAACGCUCAGCGUCUGCGUGGCUGGCUGAGGCAAAGAAUCGAGGUGACUCCAGGAACCCAGGGAGGCCUCCCGGGGGCCAAGAGGCAGUAUUUGGGGCAGUAAACCCAGUGUCGGGCCAGUUUCUGCUUGUGGACGACGGCUCUCCUGCCAUUCACCUACACAUGCCUGACCACAGUGUCUCCCACCAAGGGUGCGGCCCCACCCUCCCUGCCCUGGCUCAUUUCCCAGGGACUGUCGGAAGGCUAAGCAUUCUGCAAGUCUCUCCUUGGGUGGACAGGACCUGUCCUUUCACAGAUGGGAACAACCCCAGGUGGAGUGACCUUGGUGUUCAGGAUCGGGGAACAAUGAUGAGGGGCUGGGGAAAAAAGAGAGAAGGGGGGCCACUGGACAAAACCAAAGACUCCGGGUGUGGUGGAUAGUGGCCCUACCCCUGGAGGAGGAACUCCUCCCGGUGACUCUCCCUAAAGCUGCCCCAGCAGGACAAAGCGGGCACACCUCCGCCCGCAGCCCCAGGGAAUCUGCAUGUGCACCUGAAAGAGGGCCCUCUAGGUGGCUCUCGUGGCCUGCCCUUUGUCUUACCCGGUUAGAUGCAGAGUGCCUGUGUUUUUUGUGGAAUGUCAUCCCAGCAAUGGGUUAAAUGCCAAAGAAAAACCCUGUGAUUGCACUGGGAGCUGCAGCACAGCCCUGGGAAGAGCCCUUGAAAGUCCUGCAAGCAUCGGCCAGGGAGUGUGCUCCACCCUACAGGGACCCGCCCAGCCCCUACAGAGAGCCUGAGGGCCCAGCGCCCCUCCCAGGGGGACUGGGAAGUCCUACUAGGAAGAUUUCUAGGCUAUUAAACUGUUGAGGGUUAAUGGGCGCAAUACAUGAAAAAUAAAACGUGUGUGCUUGAAUGUCACCUUCCCAGUAAAUUAUUGAAACAAUUCUUGAUUCAGCCCCAGAGGGCUUUGGGGCAGGGCAAGGUGAAGCCAGGUGCUCCAUUAUGCGGACUUGUGGACAGGAAGAGGGAGGCUGAAACUGCAGAGAUCUGGGAGCUGAGUGUCCCAGACUCAGGGUCUCGCAGGUAGGCUCAGGCCAAAAGCCAAGGGCACAGCCACAUUCGCAGGCUUGUCCACUAGGACUUGGGCUCCUGCUCCCCAGGUCUCUCCAGCUUCACAUGGCCCUGUGAACAGGUGGCCACCUGGCAUCUGCCCUGGUGGAGGAGAGAAUAGAUGGGGGGAGAACUCGUUAAAGCCGUGAAGAGAGGAGGAUCCCAGGACCACCUGUGUAGGACCAGCCAGCGGGGGUUUACCUGUGGCUUCUCUUCCCCGCCCCAUGCCCCCGCCUCAGAAUUAUAGCAGCAGUCACUGCCUCCAAAGCCUGCCUUACAGAUCGAAACCCAGACGGGGCAUUGCAGCUGAUGCUCCCCAGCUAGCUGACAGCAGAAGCAGGGUAGCUCCGAACUCCUGAUCCCUAGGAUCCCUAGUUCCACUGUGUGUGGAAGAGAUUUUGUUAGACUCGGCUGUGCUGAAAUUGAGACGCUCCUCUUGGUGAUUUCUUUCCCCUACCCCCAAUCUAGUCCAGCUCUGGGAAGCAGCGCUGGGGGCCAGACGCAGCAGGACGUGGUCUGGGACACGUGGCUCGGCAGUAGAAGUUGCGGUUAGCAAGCUGGGACAAAAUAAUGAUGCUAAGAAAUCCCAAAGCCGGGGCAGGGGACAGGUGGGGUGAAGACAGAGGGCUGAGCGUGACUCUGUCCAACUUGUGAGGACUGAGCCAGAGGCGGGGACAGCGUCCACAGUUUGUGAGGUAUUUGUUGAGAAAGGCUUCUGGGAAGCCUCUCUCCAGGUCCUUCCAUCAUCAUCUGGUGGACGGACACAUGAGCUACAAAACCUCCCAGACUUUGGGGCUGGCAGGCUCAGGACAUGCAGAGGGCACCAGAGGAGUCACCAAGGGAGAGCGACAGACUCUCACCCAGUAGCGCCGGAAGGAACUGCAGUUAGCUACUUCUUGCUCUUUGGACAGAAGGGGUCACAAUGGCCCAGCAGGGGUAGUGCUCUGGACAGGCAAGAAGUCAUAGGACAUAGUGUUUGUCCUGUGCCUUAUAUGUAGCUUUCAAUGCAUCUUCCCAAACAUUAUUACCCUAACCCUCCAAACCAUCUCAUGCAGUACGUAGAAUGCCCAUUUUUACAGAGGCUCAGAGAAAUGAUGUGUUAGUUGAAACAACGAGGCCGAGAUAAGUCAGGACUUGAACCCAAGAUUUCUGAUGCCGAAUUCCUUGCUCAGGAGAGCCCUCAUCCCACAAGUCUCUGCAGACUCCAAGACCAGGCUUCUGGGUCUCGAACCCAAUUAGGGGGCUUCCUGGGCUUCCAACAUCAGUUCUGUGAUUCACCAGAGCCUGAGUGACUCCGGGCCCAAGGUCUCAGCCACAUGCUGAGUUUCUCAGCUGUAUAAAGUCUGGCUGUUUCUCUUCUACGACUUGUUGAAGGUCACUCCAAGAUUCUCAUGUGACAAGGGUUAGCGAUCUGGCGACUUACUUUCAGUCUCUGCUUCUGAGGCCCCCCUCACGUUGAAAGUGGCAGUACCACAAUACAAAAGGAGACUGCAUCCUCCAGCGCUGCCAUGGAAUGAAUGUUGUGUCCACCUCCAACUCCCGUGCUGACGUCCCAAUGCCCGUAUGUGGUGCUGUUAGGAGGUGAGGCCUUAGGCAGGUGAUUGGGCCAUGAGGGUGGGGCCCUCGUGGAUGGGAUCAGAGCUUGUACAAAAGAGAACCAGAGAGAGCCUUAGACCCUUCCACCACGUGAGGGCAUAGCCAUCUAGGAACCAGGAAGAGGCCCUAAUCAGCCACCACACGGAGUCUACCGGCACCAUGCUCUUGGACUUGCCAACCUCCAGAACGGUGAGAAGUCAGUGUUUAUUGUUUUUAAGCCACCCAGCAAUGGUAUUUGUUAUAGCAGCCCCUUGUCUUCAUGGAGCAGGAGCCCCCUGACCAGCGUGAAACCAUGUCACGAGCAAAGAAAAAACUCUUCUUGCAUUAAGUGAAUGUGAUGUACAGGUUUAUUUAUUACUACAUCGUAGCCUACCCUACCCUAACAAACACAGAAAUUUGUUCCUUGAAAUGGGGUGAUGCUCUAAUGAAAACCUAAAAUAUCAGUGGCUGGCGGGAGGGCAGUGAGGAAACACACUGCUGGAUCCAUUUUACGUCCUGAUGUUACUUAGAAGUUAGAAAAUGUAGGAGAAGGUGGGAGGGGAUCCAUAGUGCCUACAGAAAAAUCUCCUAACUAGCUGUGAUUACUGCCUCCAGCCGUGUAUCUGUUUUACAACAGAUGACAAGAGGUGAUCUGGAGGAACAUAAAGAUUUGAGUCACGGACCUCCACCCACCGUAGGAGGUCACACGAUCCCGUGGAAGAACAUGGACCCCUUUUCCUUCCAAAUCAACAUGUGACUCCCUCACCCCACCCAGCAAACUCUAAGUCCUUGGGACAAGAGUUCUGGCUCUCGCUCUGGCCCUCGAGCUCUCUUC